UUCAGCGGGGCACCUGCGCGGCAAGAGGUUUAGUUCUUCUCGGCCAAUACAUAACUCAACAUUAGAUUUAAAGGAGAUCUUCGCCAAAUUAGUCAGACAGAGGACUCUCUCGUGUACCCUAAAUCUGAAUUUAGUUUCCGUCCGCCUCGGAAUAGCUUUCCUAUAUACCUCAAUAAACAUUUUAGUUCAAUUCUGAUAUGGAUGCGGGGUGUAAUCAGUCUAUGAAGUGCUGUACGCUUGUGGCAGUCUGUGUUGUCAUUUGCGCUGUCGCCGCUUUGGCAGAGAUCGGGGACAGACAGUACACCAAUGAAUGGGCGGUGGAGAUACCAGGCGGACCCCAUGCGGCCAAAACAAUCGCCCGGGAACUGGGCUACGAACUGGUCAGACAGAUAGGAGCGCUAGAGAACCAUUACCUGCUAAGACACCAUAGUCAUCCCAGAAGGACAAGAAGAAGUGCUGAUCACAUGACCAGGUGGCUUUCACAGGAUGAAAGGGUGUGGUGGGCGGAGCAGCAAUAUGAGAAGCAGCGCAGGAAGAGGGCACCGCUGGGGGCAGGGUGUCCGGGCUGCUCGGUGGACCAGCUCUUCGAUGACCCCAUGUGGUCUCAGCAGUGGUACCUGCAAGACACCAGGACGUCCCCCUCCCUUCCCAAACUGGACCUCCAUGUCAUCCCCGUAUGGAAGAAGGGCAUCACGGGAAAGGGCGUGGUCAUCACCGUGUUGGACGACGGCCUGGAGUGGAACCACACGGACAUCUACCCCAACUACGAUCCAGCUGCAAGUUAUGACUUCAACGACAACGACCCUGACCCAUUUCCCAGAUACGACUCCACCAAUGAGAACAAGCAUGGAACACGAUGCGCCGGGGAGAUUGCUAUGCAGGCCAACAACAAGAAGUGCGGAGUUGGUGUGGCCUUCAACGCGAAGGUCGGAGGGAUUCGUAUGUUGGAUGGGAUUGUGACAGACGCCAUAGAGGCGAGCUCCAUCGGCUUUAACCCCAACCACGUGGACAUCUACAGUGCCAGCUGGGGCCCCAACGAUGACGGCAAGACAGUGGAAGGGCCCGGCCGCCUGGCCCAGAAAGCCUUUGAGUAUGGCAUCCAGAAGGGGCGGGGCGGAAAGGGCUCCAUCUUUGUGUGGGCUUCGGGGAACGGGGGCAGGCAGGGGGACAACUGCGACUGCGACGGCUACACGGACAGCAUCUACACCGUCUCCAUCAGCAGUGCCUCCCAGCAGGGCGUGUCCCCCUGGUACGCCGAGAAGUGCUCCUCCACCCUGGCCACCGCCUACAGCAGUGGGGACUACACCGACCAGAGGAUCACCAGCGCAGAUUUGCACAAUCAGUGCACAGAGACGCACACGGGGACCUCGGCUUCUGCACCACUGGCUGCUGGGAUAUUCGCUCUGGCCCUGGAACAGAACCCCGACCUCACCUGGCGGGACCUCCAGCACCUGGUGGUGUGGACCUCGGAGUUCGACCCGCUGGCCAACAACCCAGGCUGGAAGCGGAACAGCGCCGGGCUCAUGGUGAACAGCCGCUUUGGGUUCGGUCUCCUCAACGCCAAGGCCCUGGUGGACCUGGCCGACCCCAAGGCGUGGAAACACGUCCCAGAGAAGAGGCUGUGCGUCAUCAAGGACGACGCCUUCCGGCCCAGGAAGAUGAAAACUGCCAGUGAGAUCACCAUAGAGAUCCCCACUAAAGCCUGUGCCGGGGAGGACAGCGCCAUCCGGUCGCUGGAGCAUGUGCAGAUGGAGAUCAGCAUCGAGUACACCAGAAGAGGAGACCUGCGCAUCGUCCUCACUUCUCCUUCAGGCACCAGCACUGUCCUGCUGGCGGAGAGAGAGAGGGACACGUCCUCCAGCGGCUUCAGAAACUGGGCCUUCAUGUCCGUGCACACCUGGGGGGAAGACCCCACGGGCACCUGGACCCUCACCAUCACAGAUGUGUCUGGCCGUGCAGAGAAUGAGGGGCAGGUGGUGGACUGGAGGCUGAUUCUGCACGGAACGCAGGACCGGCCGGAGCACAUGAAGAAGCAGAGGGUUUACCAGCCCUACAACGCCGUUCAGAAUGACCGCCGGGGCGUGGAGCAGACGGAGGAAAUGACGGAGUUGUUCCCCUCAAAACCCCACACGUCCCAGAAGGCCAAGGCCACUCCAGGUAACUCCGCUGGAGGCGCACGGAAGGCGACCGCCCCCUACAACGCCCUCAUCAACGUCCUGAAAUCAGCCUUCCGAGAGCGCCCCUCGUCAGGACGAUCCCACGCCAGGCACCCUCUGGGCACGUCCGAGCGCGUUUCCUACCAGGACCUCUACCAGGUCCUGGACAUGCUCAAUAAACACAGAGGCCUGGAGGACAAGCUGUACGGACAUUACGGGGAGGGAUUUCACCGAAGCAAGCCGUACAGACGCCAAAACGGCAGGCUAAUGCAGGCUCUCGUCGACAUGCUCACGGAAGAACGCUAGUGAGUCCGGCCACAGGGGGGAGCCAGAGAGCAGAGUGCUGGUGCAGUCUGUCAUGGUGUGAGAAGGAGAGGGAAGUGAGAGACAAAAUCAAAGAAAUAAGAAAGAAAGCUUCGGAGGAUAACAUCAGCUCUUCCAGUGAAAUUGAUCUGUUUCUGUCAUUUUUGGCCUGAUCUGAUUGCUUUCAUUUUGUUUUGUUCUGGUCUGCCGCAUUACAUUUUGAAUGUUUGUUUUUGAUGGCUGUCCAGAGUGUAUCAAUAUAUUUAAGUUUUCUGCAUAAUGGUCUAAUUAAUGGUUUUCCAAUAGUGGGCAAUAAUUAAAUGAAUGGGUUACCUUCAAAAGACUAAAAUUCUACCUAUCCUUGUCUGCUUUGGAAAAUCUGGGCCAGCAAAAAAAAAAGGUUGACACAGUCCUGUUUAGAUCAACACUCACCAUUUCUGCAGAACACUGUAGUAGACUCUUGCUCUGGGUAGUGUUACCCCUACCCCAAUUAUAUAUAGGCCUAUUUAUAGAUUAAAUCCAAAGUGUGAACUGGCUAUAUCUGUCACAUUCCAGACAAGGAGCUCAUUUUCAGAACUAUAUUUUUACUGCAACUAGUUUUAUAUCUCAGAAUAAAGAUAACAGCACAGAUAUUUAUUGUUUCUAGCAUUUACUAAAAUACAAGUACACAGACAUUCGAAAUUUAUAUUU